UCAUAUCGUUCUCGCCAAAUGGGAGGAAUGCAAGUAGUAACGACUCAUAGCCAUUGUUCCUUCCUCAAGAACUUCCUCACUGGUGCUGUGUUCACCUUGCCUCUCGUUUACAUCCUUCUCCACUCCAUUCCAUCUUCUUUCCUCUCAUAUACCAAUCUUGCUGCAUUUCAAGCACAUCGCACAAGCACAAGCCCUCCUCUCCCACCUCCUCCUCAAGCUUGGCAGCAAUGCGACUAUACCACCGGGAAGUGGGUGUGGGACGGCAGCGUCAGCGGCCGGCGGUACGACAGCGAAAACUGCGACAUGGUGAGCGCGGAGAAGUGCGUCAUCAACGGCAAGCCGGACAACGGGUACCUGAACUGGCGGUGGCAGCCGGCGGGCUGUAACCUCUCGGCGCUGGACCCGGCUGAGUUCCUCCGGGCAGUCCGGGGCAAGCUCCUGGGUUUCGUCGGCGACUCCACGGCGCGCAACCAGGCGGAGUCCCUCGUCUGCUUCCUCUCCACGGUGUCGCGGCCCGAGACGACGCACCAGUACGAGGAUCAUCCUAUGGCCCACAAAUUCUGGCGGUGGGUCUUCCCGGCGCCGCACAACGUCAGCGUCUCCACGUACUGGUCGCCGUUCCUUGUGCGCGCCGAGGGCAGGUCGGUGGACUACGCCAUGACGCACGACACGCUGUUCCUGGACGCGUUCACCGAGCCGUGGACGGCGGACGUGGAGGCGAUGGACGUCAUGGUGAUCUCGGCGGGGCACUGGUUCAACCACCAGGCCGUCUACUACGACAACGGGCAGAUCGCCGGCGUGUUUGCCCGUCCGGACGUAAACGAGACCGACAUCGCCGGCGGCUACAUCGGCGCGUACCGCGAGGUGAUCCGGAGGGUGCUUGAGUACGUCCAGGAAAAGUCGAGCGGCGACAAGCACAAGCUGGUGGUGGUGUCAACCAUGGCGCCGGCGCACUUCGACCCCAAGUACGCGUCGAACCACCGGGAUGCGUGCUCGCGGCCGAACCCGUAUGAUGAGGGAGAGGUGCCCGAGGAUGGGGGCACGGCCGAGAUGAGGAAGGCCGUGCUGGAGGAGGCGGCGGCGGCGGCGAAAAGGCAGCGACUGGGGCUGCGGUUCGACGUGCUGGACGUGACGAGGCUGGCGUCGAUGCGGCCCGAUGGGCACCCAGGCGCCUACAUCGUCAAGGACAGGUACGGUGCCGGAAAGCCGGUGCCGGAGACGGUGUUCAACGACUGCCUGCACUGGUGCGCGCCGGGGCCGGUGGACACGUUCAACGACAUAUUCAUGCACAUUCUGGCUGCAAGCGGCUGAAGCCAUUGUUCGGAGUAGUAUGCACGAUGAGGUACUUGUGCCCAUCGACUCAUCGUGCAUUCGCCACCCACCCCGUGCUUGCGCGCGCGACCGCGAGGCCGACGGCCACGUACGCUUUUUUUAGGAGACGUCUAAAUGUCUUGUCACGUACUUGAAUUUAUUUAUUUUUG